UGCCUUGGGAGGUAAUCCUAUUUUCUCCACUGGCAAGUCAUUAUGCAGAAUCUUGGUGACUAUUUGACAAGUGUAUUGAAGAGUGGAUUCUUUUUCAAGUACUGGUUAGACUAGGUGGCCACUGAAUUUCUUUCUAAUUCUAAAAUUAUGUGAUUCUGGCCUUGAGUCAGACUUCUGGUAGUUAUCUCAGAGUUAAAACAGUUCACUGUUUAUUUCUAUUUUCCUGGACUCUGAGCCAAAAGAGGCCGUUCUCAGAUUCUCUGGAGCAUCUCCAGAUAGUAGGAGUUGAGAGAACAAAAUCUGCAGCACAGCGAGCUGAGAAGAGCCACAGCAACAGGGAAUAGAGCUAGCAGGCUCUAGACCCAUUGGCUAUUGGGUGCUUUGGGGUUAUCAACUCAUCUUCUCUGGCAGUUAUCAGUGGUGAGAGUAUUGCAAGUUAGGAUUCUUGCAGUCUCUCCCAUUUCAAAGAUGCUAAAUCUUUCAGGUGGCUUCAGCCUACUGAUCACUGUCACUGGAAUUGCAUUGGUAGUCCUUUUCCUGCUGUUGGUAGCGAUGUGCAUCCACCACAAUGGAGCCGGUGCUCAUGAACCUGACAUAGAGAGGAACUAUAGACACGUGGGCAGAAAUCGUGUCAGGUGGGUCCAUCCUUGGCCAUUACGUGCUGGGGGCCCCCUUGGACGCCUUCACCACAACCACCGAAACCUCCAUGGUCUCCACCCUCUCCAACCAGGCCACCAUCACCAUCAUCUUCACCAUCAUCACCAUCCUCAUCGUCAUCACCAUGGUCACCGGGCUCAUCGCUGACGACUUUGAUUAAGAAAGGCAUCUAUCUCUGUGGAUUUAGCAGUUUGAGGGAGUCCUGCCUUCCUCUGAAAAUGACAGUUUGAUUUUCUAAAGGACAGUUUGAUUUUCUGCAAGAACCUCAGGACCCAUAGAUUGUGACUCAUAAGAAAAGGACAGUUGGAAGUGUUUGAUUUAAUAGUUAUCUGUUAAUAGUUUAUUAUAUAGAUUGUAAAGCUAUACUGUGUAUCUCUGUGUCUUAGACUAUCUGUGUGUAUGUUUCUAUUUUCUUUUUUUCUUCUCUCAUCUUCAUAUCUGUCUGUAUCUCUCUGUUUUUCUGUCUGUUUCUAUCCCUGUCUCUUUCUACUAGGAUAUAUAUUAAAAUACCUUUGAGCUCUAUUCUUAUAGUUCUGUGUUAUGAGGUCUCUUCUAGCCCUAGUAUUCUCUCCUGUUCUUUUCAAUUCUAACAUUUUGUAUUCUGAAAUCUCUUCUAACAUUUUAUAUA